AUUCAGUCGAAAGCACGCAUCCGACCGGUGAGCACCUCCGAGUGUCUAUUAAUUCCGCAAGUAACAACAUUUUAUCAGUGUUUCUAGACGUGAUUGUGCCAUUCACUGUACACUUCGUGACACGCGCGUGUGCCCAAAAUGACCAAAUAGUGAUCAUUGUGGAUUAAUUCCAGCAUCCAGAGAUAAUAGUUGAGUGUAUCUAGUGGAAUCCUUUGUUGAUUUCACACAAGUGCUUCUGUGUGGGUGAUUGUGAGUGUGUGAAUCAUGAAUAUGAUGAAGAAGUUGAUGGUAGUGUGGGUGGUAGUGUGGUGGAGUCUAUUAACAGGACGACUCUGUGAAUCUCUCCAUCGACAUGAGUCCACUGAGCUCCUGGACGACCUUUCCCUGCCCCAUCAUAACCGUUGCGAACCCAUUACUGUGUCCAUGUGUACAGAUAUGCAGUACAAUACUACCAUUAUGCCCAAUCUCAUUGGGCACACGAAGCAGGAAGAAGCGGGCAUGGAGCUAGUGCAGUUUAUGCCUUUGAUUAAGGUGAACUGUAGCCCUGAUAUUCACUUCUUCCUGUGCACCCUUUAUGUGCCCAUAUGCACAGUACUCGAUAGGCCUAUACCGCCCUGUCGGAACCUCUGCGAGAGUGCACGGCUCUGCGAGGAAAUCAUGCAACGUUUUAAUUUUCACUGGCCAGAAAAUCUGGAAUGCUCAAAGUUUCCCGAGGCCGGUGGAGAGGAGAUCUGUGUGGCGGAGAAUACUACCGCAACAGCGGCUACUCCGACCGCAGGUCCUCCACUUGGGGCCGGCGGCAAGUCACGUCGGAUAAACGUUCACAAGGGUGCCAAUGAGCAUACGGGUGUUGGACCCUAUCGGAAUAUUGGCUUCGUGUGCCCCGUUCAGCUCAAAACACCACCCGGUCUCGGUUAUGAGCUGAAUGUUGGAGGAAAGAUAACUAAGGACUGUGGUGCUCCUUGUCAUCUUAUGUUUUUCGCUGAGAGUGAGAGGACUGUACUGAGGUAUUGGGUAGCAUCUUGGGCAGCAGUUUGCUGUGCCAGCUGCCUCUUUACUGUCCUCACUUUUCUCAUUGACCCAUCACGCUUCCGCUAUCCGGAGCGUCCCAUCGUCUUUCUGGCCGUAUGUUAUCUCAUCGUGGGCUGUGCCUACGUGGCGGGACUGGGAGCCGGUGACUCUGUCGCGUGUCGUGAGCCAUUUCCACCGCCUGUCAAAAUCGGACGCCUCCAGAUGCUCUCAACCAUCACACAGGGUCACCAGCAGUCCAAUGCUUGCAUUGUUCUCUUCAUGGCGCUCUACUUCUGCAGCAUGGCAGCUUUUGCAUGGUGGGCUUGCCUAGCUCUAGCCUGGUUUCUGGCUGCUGGGCUCAAGUGGGGUCAUGAAGCCAUCGAGAGCAGGGCUCAUCUCUUCCACGCUGUCUCAUGGGCUAUUCCUUUCAUCCAGACAGUGAGCGUCUUGGCGCUGGGAAAAGUCGAAGGUGAUGUUCUGUCAGGAGUUUGCUUUGUGGGACAACUAGACACCCAUUCCUUGGGUAUAUUCCUGCUCUUGCCACUGUGCAUCUACCUUGCAAUUGGAGCUCUGUUCCUCCUGGCAGGAUUUGUGUCCCUCUUUCGGAUACGCACAGUGAUGAAGCACGAUGGAAAUCGCACGGAUAAACUGGAGCGCCUGAUGAUGCGGAUUGGCUUCUUCAGUGGGCUUUUCAUCCUGCCAUCUGUGGGCUUCCUGGCGUGCCUAUUUUAUGAGUACUAUAGCUUCGAUGAGUGGAUGAUCCAUUGGAAUCGCAGCAUGUGCACCAAAUUCAGCACACCCUGUCCACUUCCGCGACCCCAUCGAGAUGAUCAAACACCAAUCUUCCAGAUCUACAUGGUGAAGUACGUUUGCAGUAUGCUCGUGGGCGUUACAAGCAGCGUGUGGCUGUGGUCGGGGAAGACAGUGGUGAGUUGGCGCCUCUUUAUUGAGCGCCUCCAGGGCAAAGACGCCGCUCGCAGUCGUGCCACGGCGUAUGUGUGAAUUGCCCGCCAAAAUGCCCCCCAAAGACUUUCGCGAGUGUGUCACGUGGUUGUGGCGGGAAAAGUACGAUUGAGUGGACAGUGACUCAUCGUAUUAAAUUCUCAUCUUUCGACGUGUUCGUCCAAACAAUGGACAAAAGUUCCUCCAUCGUCACGAUUGACAUCACAUAGUCCAUACACGUGAAUUCUUCAAUUCUUGAGAAUUCUCAGAGACAAUCGAUUCAAUUCUUACUUGAAUACCGGAACAACAAAAGAGAGAGAAAGUUGAUGUGUGCAAUGAAUUCUGAAGAACGCUUUUGAAAAUUUAUUGAAAUAACGAUUAAUUAUGCUACAAUUUUUGGUGGGAUUUUUUUUAGGUUAUCCUGAUGAAACUACGACUGGUUAGAGCCUCAAAUAUCAAGUUAUUAUUAAUCGUAUCGAGAUAUAUUCAUUACAAAAGUAAUCAUUUAACAUUGUCCAUAUCCCGUGUUAGAAGAAUCUGCUAGUCCAUUUGUAGAUUCGCCCAGGAGCGCCUUCCCCGCAUUGUGGAUGCUUCUUCCAUGCUCCCGGAAUUGUCAAGAAAAUAUCAAGUGGAGUGUUUAAAUUUAAAAAUUUAUCACUCAAACAGGAACAACUUUUCUGUGUUCCAAUACAAGUGAAAAUUUUGGGUUUCGAAAUUUGCACUCAGAUAAAGAAUUUGCUAAAAUCGAUGCACCCUUGAUUUUAGUACAUUGUACAUUGUUAAAUUGAUUUAGAACAUUUUGGUUUUGAUUUUAGAUCCUUUUGGCAUUGAUUUUAGCGCAUUUUGGUGUUGAUUUAAGAUCGUUUUAGUAUUGAUUUUACAUCCUUUUGGCUUUGAUUUCAGCGCGUUUGGUAUUGAUUUAAGAUCAUUUUAAUAUUGAUUUUAGAUUACUUCACGACUCGAUUUGGAUAAUUUUAGCAUGGAUUUUGGAUAAUUUAAGCAUUAAUUUCAGAUCAUUUUGGCAUUGAUUGUAGAUCAUUUUGGCAUUGAUUUUGUUGCAAAAAUGCUCUAAAAUCAAUACAAAAAUCCGCUAAUAUAAUUCCAAAACCACCUAGAUUUUUUUUCUAAAAGUAGUAUUCCGGAUUCAAUGCCAUUUUCUACUAAAAUAUGGUUUUUAAAUUCACUGCCAAAGUGUACUAAAAUUAAUACCAAAAUGUCUAAAAGUUCAAUACAGAAUUCUCUAGACUUAAUGCCAUUUAUUACUAAAAUUCGUUUUUUCGAAUUUAAUGUCAAAAUGUACUAAAAUUUGUGCUAAAAUGUCGCUAAUUCUUUAGCAGAAUUCGAUAUCAAUGCCAAAAUUGAAUUAUUUUUCAGAUAUUUUGGCAUUCUUAUGGCGUAUGGCAUUGAUUUCAAUAGCAUUGUUCUUGAAUCUUUCUACUUCAAAUUUUCUCUCUGUGAUAAAAUCUUAUUCUCUUUUGUCCUUAAGCAUUAUCAUCCAGUAAUUAAGAAUUUAAUUCCGAAAAUCAUUUUAGAUCACAGACAUUUAAAAGCCUUCGCUAAAGAAAAAUGCUUUCAUUUUUUUAAGGUUAAGCCAGACAUAACCUAACUUUCAAAGCAGAUCUCUCCCAAAUUUGUAAAUAACCUACAAAACCUCUCUUUUGUUUCAGUAUUCUCAAAGAAUUGAAUUGAAUUGUAAGAAAACGUAGAAUCUUAAGUAACAAUUGAAAAUCUUUAGAUUUUGAUGGCGUUGUAGCCAUUUUUGCUAGGUUAGGUAAUUUCGUCUGUAGAAGAGCAGAAUUUUUCGAAAGAAAUUACUGUUUCCAAGACUGAAUUCAGCUCAUAAACGGUGCAUUUUUUGCAUGGAAACAUUUUAAUCUCACAAAACUUUGCUAAGAAAUACUCAUUGUCAUAACACGAAAUUUUAGUCUAAAAAUAAUGUGAGAAAAAUAUCGAGCUUUAUAUAUUACGAAAUUAAAAGAAGAAAAAGAACAAGAAAAUUGUAAAAUUUAUUAAGUAACUAAAAGCCUCAGUAGAGUUUCCCUGGCGAGAAUUGUUUGUGCUUCUCGUGGUGCAUUUUUAGAGAAAAAAAGAAAUGAAAUAGAAAACGGAUUAAAAAUAAUGAAAAUCGUUGUAAAUAGAAAAUAUUGAUCGUUAAUCAAACCACCAAAACUUGUAAAUAAUCUUCAUUAACUUUUAGGAAUCCUUUUAGAAUAUAUUAGAGAUUUAAGACGGAUAGUUUAAGCUUUUUUUCUAGUAUAACUUUUAACUAAGUUUGUAAAGAAUGACUGCCAAAAACUGUCUCACAUUAGUAAUAAAUGGAAAAUGUGUAAAAUUUAGCAUUAGAUAAAGUGUAUAGUAUCUAACAUGUCUUUUGUAGUUGAUUUGUGUACAGUUAAAAAAAUGUACGUCGCAAUAUAGAAUGAAAAAUUAUACUAAAAAAAAACAACAAA